UUUUUUUUUUUUUUGGCUUUUCUGAUUAUAACCAUGUCUUAUUUUCCACAUGAACUUGAACCUUGUUUAGCUCGAUUAGGAAUAACUCCAGAAGAUAAACCUUCUUUUAUUAGAGAAGUUUAUGCAGUUGACGACAUCGAAACUUUGCGACAAAUUAUUAUAAGAAAAGAAAGAGAGAGACAGGGCAUUGCCAAUGAUUUAGAUGUAGCUGCUCGCAUUGGUCUAGUUAUCUCUGAAACAAAUGAAGCCAUUCAAAUAAAGCUCGAGCAGUUAGAGAGAGAAAAUCGAAUGUUUCAAGAAGAGUUGAGAUCACGAGCAAAUAACACUAAAAAGGACCACAACAGCAAUAGCAGCAAUAACGAAUUGCUUUUAUCAGAGGAAGAGGAGCGCAUAUAUUUAACACAAGAAUUAGACCAGGCACGAAGAGAAUUAACGAAAUUCAGAAAAGAAAUGGAUGGACUUUCUGCUCAAUUAAAUGACAUGGCGUCUGAAAUGAUUGAUUCUCGUUCUAAGGUUAGUGUUUAUGCAAAACGAUUAGCUGAAGUGGAACAAAAGUUGGCAUCGACAAGGGAUGUAAAUGCAAGUUUACAGUUUCUACUUGAUAAGGCUUUAACAUCGCAAAAACAAUCCAGUUCCAAUACAUCACAUCUCGUCAAAAAUAUCCAAUUAGACCUAUCUAGAGUGGUGUCAGAAAAUGAGCAAUUGAGAGCAAGAAUAGCGGAACUGGAGCAUCAACAAGUGGAGUGUGAGGAGAAACUGGCUUCCAUGGUUAUUCAGGCACAAGAAUAUGCAUCUAGAUUGGAGCAGGCUCAAGAUACCAUUCAUAAUUUGAGUGAGCCUAAAUUACUUGAAGAAGAUGAAUUAUCUAGCUUAAAUAACCAUAGCGGAUUCAAUUCAUUUUCUGUCUCUUCACAAGAUGGUACAACAAAAGAGUCAGAAAUAACCAAGGGCCCGGUAUUUUCAGCAGAGUUUAGACAAGAAAUGCAAAAAGAAAUUGAGAGAAACCUUAAUUUAAUUCGUCAUCGAAUUAUCACGGCGGACACAACACAUGUGGAAACUAAAAAGAAAUCACAGGAAGGAUUGAAAUACCUAGUAUCCGAAAGAGAAAGUGGCGGGUUAGCAAGCUUAUCUACCAGUACUAGCUCUUCUACCAAUUCAUCUAUAUUAUCUACCGUGAUGAAAAAAGAAAUGAUUCAUACCACAUCAACAUCCAUUAUAAAUACACCCAACAAUAAUCAUACUAUAAAUAAUACUCAUACAACAGAAGAAGAACCUAAAGCGCCUGUUUUAAGACCGGCAAGUUUCCUAACUGGAUUUGGCGGAUUUGGUUCAGAGACUGGAUUAGGAAUGGGAUCUGGUUUUAUUACAAGAGGAAUACCACCAAGAACUUUCACUACCUCUUCCACACAAUCAUUAUUGUCAUCUUCAAGAGCCAAUAAUGAGCCUAGUAUAUCCACAAGAUUUUUCCAAAGACUUGCUUCCAGAUUAGAUGAUUACGAUAAAAAGCCUUCCAAUUAAAUAAAAAACAACAGCAGGGCUGUCGUGUAAUUUUUUGGCGGUAUUACCAUACCUUGACUGACCAGAUCCAGAUAUUGCAUUUUUUUUUCGCAGUGGCUGGAAGUUGAUAUUCAUAUCUGUAGCGAACAUAAUAAGCUG